AUGGCUUGCACCUCUGCAAAUUCAUUACUCCAAUUAAAGUGUUCUUCCCACCAGAAGCCAAUUUUGAAUUUGAGAAGAAACAUUUCUCUUCAUCAUCACUCACCCGGUAACCCAUCCAUCUUAUUCCGUAAAGAGUUUACGCAUCAAAGUCAAAGACAAUUUAUACCUACGAGUAAAUUUAGAAUUAUACGAGCUGUGGCAAUUCCACUAGAACCAGCUCCAGUGGAAAGUGCGGAGUACAGAAAAGAGCUAGCUGAACGCUACGGUUUUAACCAAAUCGGAGAACCGCUUCCGGAGACUGUUACGUUGAAGGACGUCAUCACUUCUCUUCCUAAGAAGGUUUUUGAGAUUUAUGAUGUGAAAGCAUGGAAAACUGUUUUGAUAUCAGCCACUUCGUAUGUGUUGGGGCUUCUUAUGAUUUCUGAAGCACCCUGGUAUUUACUUCCCCUGGCUUGGGCUUGGACGGGGACUGCCGUAACUGGGUUCUUUGUUAUAGGACAUGAUUGCGCUCACAAAUCAUUUUUAACAAACAAAUUGGUAGAAGACAUUGUUGGAACUCUGGCCUUUUUACCACUAAUUUAUCCAUAUGAGCCAUGGCGAUUUAAGUAUGACAAGCAUCAUGCAAAAACGGACAUGUUGAAAGAAGAUACUGCUUGGCAGCCUGUUUGGAAAGACGAGUUUGAGUCAAAUCCACUUUUGAGGAAAGCAAUAAUAAAUGGAUACGGUCCAUUUCGAUGUUGGAUGUCUAUAGCUCACUGGUUGGUCGUUCACUUUGAUUUGACCAGGUUCAGACCAAAUGAAAUAAAUAGAGCGAAGAUAAGUUUAGCUUGUGUUUUUUCCUUCACAGCAAUUGGAUGGCCAUCAAUUAUUUACAAGACUGGAAUCAUGAGAUGGAGUUCACAGAGGCAGAGAGUAACAUGA